CUUCCCUCGCUCCUUCUAGAGCAGAAGCAGUGGCUGAAAAUUCCAAAGCCCCCUCUGCAAAGUGUAUAUACGUCACAGGGAUUCACUCAUACGACGACGUUUAAAGAUUUAAUUGUUCAAAAGAUGGAUUCUGGUUCUAAUGGUGAAGAACCCACAUCAUGGGAUGAGCUUUACAAUAUUAAUUUCAUGCCCUCGGAGUUGUUUCUCAAGUUUCGGAAAGAAAUACAGGGUAUACGACUUGGUGUCAAUUUGGAGUUCUAUAAUGCUCCCUGCAAUGAGUAUCAAGCAAAGCUUGUGUUGAAGCCAUUGUCCCCUGAUAAAAAGUGGAAGUUCAUUUAUGAGCCGAUCCACCAAGAUGUCCGCAUUCUUUCUAAAAAAAUUCCCGUGACAAAAUAUUUAAAUCUCCAGGUCGGAAUAGGCCAUAAUUUUCACAUGCAUGCAACUGGUUGGAAAUGGAAGCUCACUACAUGUUUUGGUGGAGAUGGUAUAUCUCGAAUACGGAAUAAAACAACACUUGGAUUGUGCCCUGGUGUGGAUUUUCGGUUUGGGUGGAGGGCUGAUUAUGUCCUUCCAGAAAUUACUGGGGCUCUAGGAACUGAUGAGCCAUUGUUCAACAUGAACUCUGGAAAGUUCCAAGGAUCACUAGAUAGAGUCGAGGCUAUUCUAACCCAUUCAGACGCAGAGUGAUUUCUACAGGGGCAAAAAAAAAAAAAAAAAAGAUAAAUCGGUUUAUGUCAAUAUUUCACUCCAUAUUGCAACUGACGAAAGAGUGAUCAUUCCUCAGAAUGCAAGUACAUUCAUCAGCAAUGGAUAUCCUUUUUCUCUAUCACCAAAUUGACUAAUCGUCAGAGUAUGGGAUCAAAAAUUGGCCACUGAGGAUGUUGCAUAAAGCAGAAGUGGACAUGCUGUAUUAUUCUUCCUUAUCUGAUUGAAUAUUUCCUUUGAAUAUAACCAAAGUAUUGCAUGUAAUUGGCUUCAAUCAGAGUUCCUGCAAAGAAAAAAAAGCUUCAUUACGAUGAUGCUUUUUUCCUGUUUGGAAGGUCAUGUGUAAAUGGAAGAACUAAUUGCCAAGUACAUUCAUUUUGGCUUUUCUAUGUUUUCAUUUUCCCGCGUCUGUUUGAUUUAUUUUGACUUGCUGUUCUUCUUCCCUCAGUGAAAGUCGAUCACUGGCUUUACCUUUUUCUUUUUUGAACUCAAACCUGAACUUGUGUAAAUUGAUAGACCCUCGCAUAUAAA